AAAGCGAAUAAUAAUUUAUCGGGCAUUUUCUCUCCUCUCCCCCAAUCUGCUUCACUCCCCAAACUUCGUUUCUUCGCCGGAACCCUAGGUCGACUUCGUCUGUUUGAAUUUUCCGUAGUAGAUGAACGUGGGAUUAGGGACAGCUGAGGUCUGACGGCCAGGUUUUUGUCACCGAAUGGAGGGAGGUAGCGUCUCCAUACACUCUUGUUUUGGAACAAACCCAUGGAUUAUGAUGACAAUGACUUUCAAAACCAGAAUCUCCAUUUAGCUGGUGAAGCAAACAACAAAUUUCCACCAGUUUUACAGCCUUAUCCUCUUCCAAAGUUUGAUUUUGAUGAUACACUCAACACGCAUCUGAGGUUUGACAGUCUAGGUGAAAGUGAGGCAUUUCUUGGUAUUGAGGGUAACGAAGAUAAUAACUGGAUUGAAGAUUUCUCUCGGGGAAACAGUGGUAUAGUGUUUAGUUCAGGUGCAACAGAGUCCUGUGCCAUUCCUAGGCACAAUAAUGUAUGGUCUGAGGCUACUUCGUCAGAAUCUGUUGAAAUGCUUUUGAAUUCUGUUGGCCAGGACGAAGUUAUUGUAAGAGAAGAUACUAUCAAGAAAUCUGAUCCUUCUGAUGUACUAGGUUGCACAAUUGGACUAAUGGAGCCUGGUCAGACAUCCCUUGAAAUAAGUCAUUCCAAAGAAGAAACCGCAAACUUACAACUAAACCCAUCUGUUGAUGAUAACCCAGGAGAGUCCUCUGUGGUAAAGACAGAUGCUGGACAGGAACAGGUUUUGGUGAAAGAUCACUCACCAACUGCUACAGAAGAGGCAUCCCUUGAGGAAAAGAAUGCCAUCUUGGCUUCAAAUACUGCAAAGGUACCAGCUGCAGAUACCACUGGACUUGAUAAGAUAGGAACUGAGGCAACUGAUAAUAUUCUUGACCAAGCGGAAGAAAAAGUCAAUGUAGAAUUAAGGAUGGAAGAUGAUUGUAGCAAUGGAGCAGGAACUGAGACAACUGAUAAUCUUCUUGACCAAGCAGAAGACAAAGUCAAUGCAGAAUCAAGGAUGGAAGAUGAGUGUAGCGACGGAACUGUACAGACUGUGACUACUUGUAGUGGUGAGUUGAAUAAUCAGAACACUUUGCUUCCAGAGACUUCGAAUGAUGAAAAUGUUAUUAGGGACCACAUUCAAAGUGGUUAUAAUCACAAUGAAAUAACUAUAGAAGCAGGGUCAGUUUUGGUUGAGGCUCAUUCUGAUAGCCAUGUAUCAGCUUCUGAAGUUGAAAAUGUGGGAGCUGAAAAUAUUGGUGAAAUUGCAAAGCCUGAUCUGAAGGAGACAGAGCGAGCUGAUUUCACAGUACUAGAAAAAGGGGACCAAGCUCUCUCUACUCUUAAGGUAGGUGGAGGAGAUAUUUCAGGGGCCCAAUGCCAAGAUCUCCUUGUCAGCAAUGUUCAUACUAGCGAAGCUGUUGAAGCAUCUCUGAAAGUUGCUGGCGAAUUGACAACUAUAGCAAGCAUUGAUUCCAUUGAGAAGCCUGAAUUGCUUAGUGAUCGACAUGUGGAAGUUAGUACAAGUAAACAUGAGUCUACUGUUCAUAUGGAGACCGAGACACAUACACAGAUACAUGUAGUUGAAACUUUGGAAAGUGUUUAUAUUUCACCUACGGACUCAAUGGUUGAAGCUACAAAAGGUGGUGUGUCUAUGAAGAGUGACAAUAAUGAAGAUAGUGCUCGCACUUCUAAUCUCGAGCAAAGCAUGGAACUGCCUGUCAAUGCCAAUGAUAGAGAUCAGGAUGUCAAGAGCUCUCAAAUCCUAUCUGAAAGCGUUGUGACCAAGUCUGUUGGUGAUGUUUCAGGAGGUUCUACUUCCAAGUUGGUGGAGUCAGCAUCUCAAUCUGACACCAUUUCAACAGACAAGUCAGUGACUUUGAUUGACGGUUCUCUCAAUCCCAAAGAAUUACAACCUCUAUGUCAAGAUGAAGCACCUGCUGUCGGUCUCACGUCUUCAAUUGAUUCACAUAUUGUAAAGUCAUCCUCUGAUGCAAGUGACCAAGGCCGUCUCUCUGAAACUGAGAAGGUGUCAUCUGAUGAACCUGAAAAUGGUCAAACCCUUCCACCUGUGGAUGCAAGUAGUUCAGGGAGUCAGGUGGACCAACAAGCUAGGAAGGAUGCUGAAGGUACUCAGCAAAGUACACACUCUGGUGAAGACUGUCCUGGCUCUGAAGGGUCAAAAGAUGCAGUAGAUGCUGAUGCUGCUGGGCAAGUUUUGCAGGAGCAGUCUGAGGAAACAAUUUUAGAAGAACAUCUAGUAACAGAAGUUGUAAAUGCUCCAGAGACUCGGUCAAUUCUGGACAAGGAUAACGUAAAUGAAAUCCCUAACACUAGCUCCUUGGCUAAUCUUGGGAGUGAAGCUGAUAAAGAUGGCCAGGAAGAGGUUAAUACUGCUGCAUCGGGUGGGAUUAUGACAGCUGGGACUUCUGUUUCACACCCCAAAGGUGAUGCAACCGUACUAGGAGAUUCCCAUACUUAUAAAUGUUCUGAGCCUUCCAUAAAGUCUCCUGUAACUGCAAAGGAAGAUGCUGAUACUGAUUUAAAGACUCCUCUUAAGUCUGUUCCCGCUGUUAAGACUUCUGAACCUCAACUUAAUAAGACAGAGACAAACAGUGUCACAAUGCCAGAAGACCAGAAUAUUUCGAGUUUUAAUUCUGCUGGGUCUCCAGUCUUGAAUAGAAAUGAUACCUUCAGCAGUGAAAUGAACGUAACUCCCGAUCAGCUGAAAGCAGGGGAAACAUCCAAAGCUGUUAACUUUUCACAAGCUACACUCGUCUCUCCGAUUGUGGUUGGAUCUCCUUCAACAUCUAACUUAGAGAAAACAGCUCCAAAGUCUUCUAAAACAAAGUCUGAGCGGAAACCCAGGCGAACAUCCAAAUCUGUAGGAAAAGAGACUUCUCGAAAAGGAACUAGUGUAAAAGGGGCUACACCUUUUCAACAAUUUCAAAGUGGAGGCAAAGCAAAUGCUGUUAAUCAAAAUUUGGCUUGUCCUAUUCAGAUCACACAAUCUACUGAGAAACAGCAAAUUCUUCCGAGCCCUAAUCUUAAAUCGUUUGGGACCGUUUCCACCCCCACAGCAAGUCUACCAGAUUUGAACUCUUCUGCUCUCUCAAAUAUUCUGCGUCGACCUUUUACAGACUUGCAACAAGUGCAGCUACGUGCACAGAUUUUUGUAUAUGGGGCUCUGAUCCAAGGAACAGCACCCGAUGAAGCUUAUAUGAUAUCUGCAUUUGGUGGUCCAGAUGGUGGGAAGGACAGCUGGGAGAAAGUAUGGCGUACUUGUAUAGUAAGAGCUCAGAAAUCGCUUGUUGCUACUCCUGAAACGCCAUUGCAGUCACGUGCAGGGAAGACGGAGACCCCAUCAGCAGGUCACACCAGUAGAAAAGAUAGUUCAGCGACAAACCCCAUGAUUCCACUCUCAUCACCUUUAUGGAGUUUAUCAACUUCCCUUGAUACUUUACAACCAAGUAGUGCUCAGAGAGGUUCAGCUGCUAAUCACCAGCCAUUGCUUUCUUCAUCGCAGACUCACCAUACUCCACCACCUACUAAUAUUGUUGGACAUAACACCCCUUGGACAUCGCCUCUCGCUUACCGUAACCCUUGGCUUGCUUCUCAGCAAACCAGUGGAUUUGAUGUUGGUUCUCGUUUCCCUGUCUAUCCGAUCACCGAACCUGUAAAAUUGACUCCCAUGAAAGAAUCAUCCUUCACUUACUCUGGCGCAAAGCAUGUGCAGAGUGGAACUCCUAGCAAUGUUUUCAAAGUGACACCUACAAUUGAGCAAACGAGUACAGUUGUAGCACCUGCUCAACAUUCGACUGGGACAAAAUCAAGGAAACGGAAGAAGAUGCCAGCCUCUGUAGAGUCUGGUCCAAGCAUUUUGAAUUCGCUAAAGCAGACAGAAUUAGCUGCCUCACCUCUUGUUUCAAUAUCGACAGCUGUGCCUAUUACACCUACCGCGUCUAAUCUGGGUUCUAAUGCUGGCACCCUUCCCAGUGCUGUUUCUAUCACUGCAGUCCCUAUGAACCUUGUAUCUACAUUUCCUGGGAAGAAAAUUAAAUCAUCUUUGCCAUCUCCAAUUUUUGGGGGUAACCUUGUACCUGAAGUACAGCAGAGGUCUGUCUUGUCAGAGGAUAGCAUUGAUAAACUCAAGGAGGCUAAGAUGCAUGCAGAGGAUGCAUCUGCUCUUGCUACUGCAGCUGUUAGUCAUAGUGAAUUUGUAUGGAAGCAGAUAGAGCAACGAAGGCACGCUGGCCUCCUGCCAGAAACUCAAGACAGAUUAGCUUCGGCUGCUGUUGCCAUAGCUGCUGCUGCUGCGGUGGCAAAGGCUGCAGCAGCUGCUGCAAAUGUUGCAGCUAAUGCUGCAUUGCAGGCCAAAUUAAUGGCUGAAGAAGCAUCCCUUCCAAAUACUUCUGAUCCGGGACUCCCUAAGUCAAAUGAUAAUAUAUUUCCAGGCCAGGGUACCCCUUCUUCUAUCUUGAAAGGCGAAGGUGCAUUAGUGAGCUCCAGUUCUGUUCUUAUUGCGGCGAGAGAGGCAGCUAAGAAGAGGGUUGAAGCUGCCACAGUUGCCACCAAGUAUGCUGAAAAUAUGGAUUCCAUUGUAAAAGCAGCAGAAUUGGCAUCAGAGGCUGUGUCACAAGCUGGAAUACUUGUUUCAAUGGGUCAUCCCCCGUUGCUCAAUAAGCUGGUGGAGGCGGGUCCAAGUAAUUACUGGAGGCAGGCUCAAGGAUCUCAGGAAGUGCAGCCUUGUAAAACAACUGUCUUAGAAAGAGAAACUCUGGCGACUAGUGAGGGAACUUUUGCUAGUCCCAGAACUCUGCAAACUGAGUUGGUUGGCUCUGUGAAAACGGCAGAUGGUGUGUCUGGUCCAGUUUCUGCCACUGGUAAGGUGAAGGGACAAAAGGGUGAUAAAGGUGCAGACAUGGCUAAAAACAAUGAUGUGGUUUGCGAACCAGAAGUUAGGUCGAAAUUUUCGGAUGACACCCAAACAGAAGGGCAACAGACUAUGAAAGCUACAAAUAAUGAGAACAUCAAGGAGGGUUCUAAUGUAGAGGUUUACAAGGAAGAACCUGGAUUAAGAACCGCAUGGUACUCCGCCAACGUAUUGAGCUUAGAGGAUGAUAAAGCUUAUGUGUUGUUCAGUGAUCUUUCUGAAGAACAAGGAACAGAUAAGCUGAAGGAGUGGGUAUCUGUCAAAGGCGAAGGCGAUCAAGCCCCUAAAAUAAGAACUGCUCGUUCUGUUACUGCCAUGCCAUAUGAAGGAACCAGGAAGAGACGUAGAGCUGCUAUUGGGGAUCAUGUUUGGAAAAUUGGGGAUAGGGUAGACUCGUGGGUGGAUGACAGUUGGUUGGAGGGUGUUAUCACAGAGAAGAACAAGAAAGAUGAAAAUACAGUGACUGUGCAUUUUCCUGCACAAGGAGACACUUUGACGAUUAAAGCUUGGAAUCUUCGACCUUCUCUUGAGUGGAAAGAUGGAAAGUGGAUUGAAUGUUCUAGUUCAGGAGAAAACAUCAGCUCGGCACAUGAGGGUGAUACCCCAAAGGAGAAGCGACCUAGAUUAGGAACCGCCACUUUUGAGGCCGAAAUAAAAGACAAGAGUAUUAAGAUUGUUGAUGAUCCAGACUUAGGAAAACCACCUCAGACUGGUGUUCUUGACCUCGGUGUUUCAGAGAAUACAUUUAACAUUGGAAGGAGUACCAGAGAGGAGAACAAACCUGAUCAACUCCGAAUGAAGAGAACUGGUUUGCAAAAGCAAGGAUCAAAAGUGAUUUUUGGCGUCCCCAAACCUGGAAAGAAAAGGAAGUUCAUGGACGUGAGCAAACACUACAUUUCAGAGGCAAGCACUAAAACUCGGGAACGGAAGGAACCAGCAAAGCCUGUGAAAUCAAUUGUGCCCCAAAAUUCUGGAAUAGGUAGCUGGAGAAUGCCUGCUAAAAAUAUAUCUAGAGAGAAACAACAGACAACAAUAUCUAAGCCCAAGACUUUCAAACCUGCACCCAAACCCAAAGAGAAACUAGGUGCUGCGGCUAGGAUAAUUCCCCGCAAGGACUCGCGUAGUACAACAGCCUCAUAUAUGGAAUCCGAUGAUGCUGCUGAUGAGAAUGCAGAAAACAAGGGUCCUGUAUCUGGCGUUCCAUUAAAGGAAACAGUAGAAGAGCAAACAACAUCAUCCUCCCAUGAUGCUGGUUCCAAGAAUAGUUCCUCCUCGAGUACUAACAAAGGGAAAGUGGCUCCUACUGCAGGAAGGUUAGCCAAAAUCGAAGAGGAUAAGGCUUUGGCUGAGAAUUCUUCAAAAACAUCAGAGGGAAUGGAGCCACGUAGAUCUAUCCGCAGGAUCCAGCCAACUUCUAGACUACUUGAAGGUCUGCAAACGUCGAUGAUGACCUCGAAAAUACCUUCGGUAUCACACAGCAAAAGUCACCAAAGUCAAAGCAAAAAGUAGCAGUAGAGGUAAGUGAAGGAGCAGAAGCAAUGCACAUAAACCCAAGUGGAGGAAACAAGAAAAAGGCAGUGUGAGCUGCUAUUAGGUUGUUUUUAAUUUUAGUUAUAUGCUCUAAGAAAAGAACAAACUUCGUUGUUGGUUGGGAGAGGAGACGUAAUACGUAGAAGAGAAGAAAACAAAAUGAUGGUUGUGUUAUUGUAGGUGUGAAUUAUUUGCUUUUGAUUAUUUAGUCAGUCAUGUUGUCGGGAAAAUCUCUCUGGAGAGAUAAGAAGAAGUUGUACAUGUAGUUUGAUUAUUGUCCUAAUUUAUCUCUCUAACUCCA